CCCUGGGUGCAGGACAGGCUAGACGGGAAAGUCAGAGAUACCAUUUCAUCCUUCAGUAACCAAAUAGACCUGAGUGCACUCUGCCGCCUGCUGACAAACCCUUCAGAUCUUUAGUCUGGAAAGUGAUGUACUAACGUCCUUGUUAGGUCUGCAAGAAGAGAACGUGACAUAAAGAAAGAUGGAAUCUUUAAGCCCUGGAAAACCACGUUCUUACAUAGCCACCAUUCCGCUGUUACUUGCUGCUGCAUUCGUUGUUGCUGUACACAGUGAUUGUGGUGUGCCACCACGUUUUACUUCUGCUGAGCUGAAGGAGGAGUACAGAACUCAGAGUAAGUUUGCUGUUGGGAGCAAAGUGGAAUACAACUGUCGCCCAGGUUAUACCAAGAUACAACGAAAGUUAUAUCUUUGGUGCACGCUAUACUCUCAAUGGUCAUACACCAGAGAGCUUUGCAAGGCAAGAUCAUGCCCUCACCCCGGAGAGCCAGAAAAUGGCAGACUUGUUAUUCUAACAGAUCUCAUGUUUGGUUCAACAAUAAACUUCAUCUGUGAAGAGGGGUACAGACUAAUUGGAGAUGCAGAAAGAAAAUGUGUGCUUCACGGAUCACAAGUUACAUGGGACAAAGAGGUUCCAUACUGUCAAGUGAUACCUUGCCAGCCUCCUCCAGAAAUAGAUCAUGGAACACAUACUGGGACGACCAUGGAGGAAUUCAACUAUGGAACAUCUGUCACUUACCAGUGUGACAGUAUAGAGAGGGGACAGGUUCCUUUCUCACUUAUUGGAGAGCCCUCCAUUCACUGUACGUCCACGGAUAACGUAAAUGGAGACUGGAGCGGGCCUGCCCCUGAAUGCAAAGGUGAUGGAAUCCAAUUACUUUACACAGUCAUUCGCUGUGAACAGCCAAAAGUUGACCAUGGAAAACAGGUGACUGGAUAUAGUCCUGUCUACACCUACAGAGCCUCCGUUCUGUUUGAGUGUGAACACCGCUACACCCUCAAAGGCAGUGACAUACUUCAGUGCAAUGAAAAUAGUAGAUGGGAUCCUCAGUUACCAGUUUGUGAGCGAAGUAGUUGUGAUGACCCACCUUACAUUCGUAAUACUUUUCGAGAUCAUUCUAACAGGAACUUGUUUCCGGCUGGGACUGUAGUGAAAUAUAACUGUGUGGGAGGUUAUGAGUUAAUCCCUGGAAUAUCCUCUGCGAAUGUUACCUGUCAGAAAGAUUUUACAUGGUCUGAACAGCAAGAAUUUUGUCAGAAAAUUAGAUGUCCCGAUCCAGACAUUACCAAUGGAAGAGCGAGACCUACACAAGCAAUCUAUGAGUAUGAGGACACGAUUAGCAUUGUUUGUAAUCCUGGUAACGCCCUCAAGGACAAUUAUGGAUCGAUUAAGUGCGAACAGAAUGGUGCAUGGCAUCCUGCAUUACCAAUUUGCGAACCAGCUUGUGAUCCACCUGCACGCAUCUCUAAUGGACGGGACAUCCGCAGCCGGAAAGACGUUUUCCAUGUUGGCUCAAGUGUGACCUACGUAUGUGAGGAUGGUUGGUCACUUGUUGGAGUAUCCUCCAUUCAAUGUAUAGCUGGUGAUGGGGGAACUCCGCGCUGGGAUCCACCUGCCCCUGAGUGCAAAGCUUGUGAUCCACCUGCACGCAUCUCUAAUGGACGGGACGACCGCGGCCGGAAAGACGUUUUCCAUGUUGGCUCAAAUGUGACCUACGUAUGUGAGGAUGGUUGGUCACUUGUUGGAGUAUCCUCCAUUCAAUGUAUAGCUGGUGAUGGGGGAACUCCGCGCUGGGAUCCACCUGCCCCUGAGUGCAAAGCUUGUGAUCCACCUGCACGCAUCUCUAAUGGACGGGACGACCGCGGCCGGAAAGACGUUUUCCAUGUUGGCUCAAAUGUGACCUACGUAUGUAAGGAUGGUUGGUCACUUGUUGGAGUAUCCUCCAUUCAAUGUAUAGCUGGUGAUGGGGGAACUCCGCGCUGGGAUCCACCUGCCCCUGAGUGCAAAGCUUGUGAUCCACCUGCACGCAUCUCUAAUGGACGGGACGACCGCGGCCGGAAAGACGUUUUCCAUGUUGGCUCAAAUGUGACCUACGUAUGUAAGGAUGGUUGGUCACUUGUUGGAGUAUCCUCCAUUCAAUGUAUAGCUGGUGAUGGGGGAACUCCGCGCUGGGAUCCACCUGCCCCUGAGUGCAAAGCUUGUGAUCCACCUGCACGCAUCUCUAAUGGACGGGACGACCGCAGCCGGAAAGACGUUUUCCAUGUUGGCUCAAAUGUGACCUACGUAUGUGAGGAUGGUUGGUCACUUGUUGGAGUAUCCUCCAUUCAAUGUAUAGCUGGUGAUGGGGGAACUCCGCGCUGGGAUCCACCUGCCCCUGAGUGCAAAGUUCAGUGUCCAAAGCCAGAUGUGCAAAAUGAAGAAAUGGUCAAUGCGUUAGAUGAAAAAAUGUGGUACAACGUGAAUGAAAGCAUUACUUUCAAAUGCUCUCCUGGGUACCAAUGUUCAGACCUUUGGUAUCAGUCUACAACAGACAGCGUGAAUGUUACAUGUUUAGCUAAUGGCACCUGGACCGUGUUACCCGUGUGUAAGAAGCAACUCGAUUCCCCUCAGUGCAACAUGGUUCGCGAGUGUAUAAAGUUUCUCCACUGCAAUGUGUCUCUGACAGAACUGAAACUCCUGCUGGAAGUGCAGAAACUGUAUCUGGAGAUUCAGAAACUUAAGCAGGACCUACAAAAAUAUAAAGAAUACCCUUGGAAGGAGGCAGAGGGAGGAAAUGCUGUCGUCCCCCCCCCAGGUGUUUCCUAUGCUGAGGGGGUGACCACAGCCUGCUUUUGUUAUGGUACUAACUGCAGCUAUAUCCGCUCUAUCCUGUGCACUGUCUGCCAUGAGCACAACACUACAGAGGGGGCUGGGCAGUAUGUGCACUCUGCCCAUCCCCUUCCUGGGCCCCUGAAGCUGCAGAGCACUGACUCCCACUUCCCCUUGCCUCAUGUGCCUCUGGGUGGCCCUGGCUGGGGUCUGUGUUGCACAGUGUGCAGGGUGAGGAGCGGCUGCAGCCCUGCCCGGACUGUGCUGUCACCCCCAUUCUCUGGGAACUCACCUGGCACCAUGACGUCACUUCCCUCUGGCUGGACCCUGCGGCUCCUGGGGACCCUGGUACUCAUGCUGCUGCCUGGGGGAGCUCUCAGUCAUUGUGUUGAUCCACCUGACAUUCCCAAUGCUGUUCAGAAGACUAAUGUUGGCACAUUGAUUCCAGUCGGGAUGGUGGUUAAAUAUGGCUGCCUCCCAGGUUAUGAGCUGAUUGCUGGAAUACGGCAAGGGCAUGUUACUUGUCUUCAAAAUUCGACAUGGUCUUCAGCUCUCAACUUUUGUCAGAAAAUUCGUUGUCCAGCUCCAGAUGUUAACAAUGGAACACAGGUACCUAUGCCUAGACCUGGAGAGGAGACCUAUGCAUUUGGGGACAGUGUUACAAUUGAAUGUGAUUUUGGGCAUGGUAUCAAAGGCAGUAUCAAUGGAAAUGCUCAGAUUCGCUGCAGUCAUGAUGGCAAAUGGGAUCCUGCCAUACCAGUUUGCGAACCAGUUUGUGCCCAACCUCCGAACAUCUCCCAUGGCCAGCACAGUGACUGGCGCAAGAAAGUUUUUGUUGUUGGAUCAUCGGUAACUUACAAAUGUGACAGAGGCUUCUCACUUGUUGGAAAAACCUCCAUUCAGUGUAUAGCUGGUGAUGAGGUCACUCCAACCUGGAGCGAGCCUACCCCUCAGUGCAAAGAAAUUCGUUGUCCAGCUCCAGAUGUUAACAAUGGAACACAGGCACCUAUGCCUAGACCUGGAGAGGAGACCUAUGCAUUUGGGGACAGUGUUACAAUUGAAUGUGAUUUUGGGCAUGGUAUCAAAGGCAGUAUCAAUGGAAAUGCUCAGAUUCGCUGCAAUCAUGAUGGCAAAUGGGAUCCUGCCAUACCAGUUUGCGAACCAGUUUGUGCCCAACCUCCGAACAUCUCCCAUGGCCAGCACAGUGACUGGCGCAAGAAAGUUUUUGUUGUUGGAUCAUUGGUAACUUACAGAUGUGACAGAGGCUUCUCACUUGUUGGAAAAACCUCCAUUCAGUGUAUAGCUGGUGAUGAGGUCACUCCAACCUGGAGUGAGCCUACGCCUCAGUGCGAAGAGACUCAGUGUCCAGUCCCACAUAUUCAACAUGGAAGCCAGAAAUCUCCACUCCCACAUAACUAUACAUACAGAACCAGUGUAAUGUUUCAGUGUGAUCCUGGUUACCUCCUCAGGGGCGCGGACAGGAUUCAAUGCCAAGCUGAUGGCAAGUGGUAUCCGCAGCAACCCGUUUGUGACCUAGGGAGAUGUUCCUACCCACCAGCAUUUGCCUACGCUGACAGAAGCAAUCACAGAGAGUUUCUAGUUGGUACCGUAGUGACCUACUCCUGCAGACCAGGUUACACACCCAUCCCUGGAGUAUCUCCUCAUUUGACCUGUCUUACAAAUUUUACAUGGCCUAAAGUCUCAGAAUUAUGUCAGAAGAUAAGUUGUUCAAAGCCAGUGGUUGAAAAUGGAAAACAGAUCUAUCCAGUUAAAACUGAAUAUACAUAUGCCAACCGUAUUGUGUUUCAAUGUGAUCCUGGCUACAUCCUCAGAGGCAGUGAGGGGAUUGUGUGCCGAAGUGACGGGAUGUGGCACCCCCCAGUACCAUUUUGUGAUAAAACCUGUGGCCGACCUCCACCUAUCAUGAAUGGGCUGCACAAUGGUGGGAUGAAGGAAUAUUUCCCCUAUGAAUCACAAGUGACAUAUAGCUGCGGAGACGGUUUGUCACUGAUUGGAGAGUCCUCCAUUUAUUGCACAUCUGAUGGGGUAAAUAUGAUGUGGAGUGGGCCUGCCCCACAGUGCAAAGUGGUUCGCUGUCCGAGGCCAGAGGUUGAAAAUGGAAGAAUGACUCCGACAAGGCAACCGUUUACAUACGGUGUCACUGUUCGGGUCUCCUGCAAGGAAGGCUACCUGCUCCAUGGCAGUAGAGAGAGUCAGUGUCAGGAUGACAACACCUGGAAUCCUCCUGUGCCAAGUUGUCAGCCAGUGCAGUGUCCAAAGCCAGAUGUGCAGAAUGGAAGAAUGGUCAAUGCAUUAGAUGAGAAAAUGUGGUACAACGUAAAUGAAAGCAUUCCUUUCAAAUGCUCUCCCGGGUACCAUUUUUCAGACGAUUGGUACCUGCCUACAACAGACAAUUUUAGUAUCACUUGUUCAGCCAACGGCAACUGGACAGCAUUACCCAAAUGUAAAAAACAAAGCAAUACUGAAGAAUGUUCAGGGGUACGUGAGAGUAAAGAGUUUGUCCAUUGUGAUGUGCCUCUGACGGAACUGAGAACCCUGCUGGAACUGAAGAAACUGUAUCUGGAGAUUCAGAAACUGAAGCGGGAGAUUAAAAAAUUGUAAUGAAUAGCUGAAAUCUGUGAUCCUAAUUGUGUGAGGAAAGUGAAAGCAAGUAGAGGAACUAGAUUGAACUGUAUGAUCUAAAGGUUUAUUUUCAUACAAGCUUCAGAUCCUAUGCAGCUGGAAAUUUACACCAACAACCUUCAGCUUUGCCAUAAUUGCUGCUUACAUUUAUCUUUUAUGCAUUAUAAUACAUACAUUCACAGUGGGUGUAUGGCUAUUCUACUGUCUGAUUUACAUUAACCUUAAGGGCAGUGAUGUUCAUAACUCCCUGUACACCACUGAAAAUCUACGGGUUAGCAAAGCAAUCUUCCCUGUCCUCUUGAUUUAAACUCAGCUCAACAGACGUUCUUCCUAAUCUGACCAGAUCUAGUUUUGAUUGAUACCAGUGUUAUCACCUGAGGCAUUUUUAGAUCGAAUCACACUCAAGAGUAGAUGGUAGAAAUUUAACUGUAGAGAAACAGCUUGCUAAGCGAUUUUCCCAUUGCCCGAUAAAUUGACCUAUACCUUUUGUGAUCAAGUAAUUAUUCCUGCAUUCCAGCAAUAAAAAUUAUUCCUGCAAUAAAAUGCAAUUGUUAUAA